AUGACAGAUACACCCCAAGGUUCUGCGGGGGCUAGUCCAAAGCCCAGUAAAGGUGCCCCUCAGCCUGGACAGUCCAAGCAGAACCAAAAGGGCGUCGCGGACCACAAGGCGAUGGAGCUCGAGGAUGAGUUCAGGUCAAAACACCUAGGUGUCAUGGGUGUCCUGAGUUGGAUAUUGCUCCUGCACAUUGCUGGUAUCUACCUGUUCACGAAAGGCUUCCUUCUCACGCGCAUGGUCCUAGAGAACAAGUCCUCCUGCGACGUAUUACCGUUCGAAGGCGCUGUUUCCCAGGCGCCGGGAAAUAUCCAGAAGGGCUGUUGGCAUGAAAAGACCUUCGACAAGGCCGUGGUCAUCAUCAUCGAUGCCCUCCGAUACGAUUUCACCGUGCCAUUUGCCCCGAAAGACAACGAAGACACUCAACUCUUCCACGACAACAUUCCCAUUCUUUACGAGACGGCAAUUCAACAACCCGCCAACGCCUUCCUCCUUCCGUUCAUCGCAGACCCGCCGACCACUACCUUGAAUCGUCUGAAGGGCUUGACAACCGGAACUCUUCCCACCUUCCUCGAAGCAGGCUCAAACUUCGCCGGAACAGCCAUUGAUGAAGACAACCUUGUCGCGCAGCUUCACAACAGCGGAAAGAACCUCGUCCACCUCGGUGACGAUACUUGGCAAGCGUUGUUCCCCGGUUACUUCGAUACAAACUUGACGCAUGCCUACGACUCAUUCAACGUCUGGGAUCUGCACACCGUUGACAAUGGUGUAACGGAGCAUCUUUUCCCCCUGCUCCGUCCGGAAAAUAGCUCCAAGUGGGAUGUCAUCUUCGGACAUUACCUUGGCGUCGACCAUGCAGGCCACAGAUACGGUCCCAGCCAUGCUGCCAUGGCAUCCAAGCUCCAGGAAAUGGACCGUGUCAUUCGUGAUAUUAUCGCCGCUAUCGAUGACGACACUCUGCUUGUCGUAAUGGGCGAUCAUGGAAUGGAUACCAAGGGCGACCAUGGCGGUGAGUCCGACGACGAAGUCGAGGCUGCUUUAUGGAUGUAUUCGAAGCGCGGAGUGUUCGGUCGAACAAGCAAGGAAACGCUUCUUCCUCCUCCCCACGCGCGUGAUAGAUUCGUUCCGCAGAUCGAUCUCGUCCCCACUCUGUCGCUGUUGCUUGGAAUGCCGAUUCCAUUCAACAACCUGGGCUCGCCUAUUGAAGAGGCCUUCUCUGGUGCCAAGGGAGACAACUGGGCUAAUCUGGCUACCGUGAAUCGCCUUACUGCUGCUCAGGUCAAGAGAUACCAGCAUCAGUACGCGAUUGCUCAAGGAGCUGGUGAUGACGAUGAGUCGAUGUUGCUUUGGACUGCCGCUGAGGAGGAGUGGAAAUCUUCUUCCAAGGGAUUCUCCAAGUCGACUGCUGCUCGAGCCAGCAAUGAGCUCUACCGCAAGUACCAGCGGCACACGCUGGAUGUUUGCCGUGACCUGUGGGCCCGAUUUGAUGUCCCAAGUAUGAUCCAGGGUGUCGUGAUUCUUGUUGCUGGCAUUGCGUACUUGGUAGUCUAUGCCCGUGGCUUGAAAAACGAUCGCACCCAGCUCACCUCUAACUUGCUCCAGUCUGCUGGCGUGGGCGCUGGUGUUGGUGCCGUUGCUGGCUCUGCACUCGGUUUGACCGGUCUAGUUGAAAUGGGCGUUGUCGAUGGACUCAUCCUCCUCGCCGCGGCAGGUAGCAUCAUUGGAGCCUUGCCCGCCAUUGUCACAAAGCCUGCUAGUUUGAGCCUGCCUCUACCUUCUGGGAUGUGGGGCUGGCUUGCGUUCUUCUUUACGGUAUCUCAGUCUGUUGGUUUUGCUUCGAACUCGUACACUAUUUGGGAAGAUGAGAUUCUCCUGUUCUUCCUAACUACUUUUGGUGUGUGCGCUGGUAUCUCGUCCAUGCGCCAGAAGCAGACCACCGACCGCGUUCUGGGCGUGUAUCACUCUGUUCUGUUCGUGAUUCUGGGUCGCAUCGCCUCCUUCUCUCGUCUCUGCCGCGAAGAGCAAAUGCCUUUCUGCCGCUCGACCUACUACGCCUCCUCCAACUCAUCCAUUUCCGCGCCAUGGCAACUCGCCAUUCCGUUUUUGGUGACUGUCUUCUUGCCUAGCGUCGUGCGCUCCUUCUACGCAGGCUCAAAGUCCUACGAAGGUGCCGCAUCACUUUGGAUCGGCACAGGCUUCCGCUUCGGUCUCUUCAUCACCUCACUCUUUUGGAUGCUUGAAGGCGCUGACGACGGCGACUGGCUCCCAAUCAGCGCAGAAACACUCAAAUCCCUGCGCGUGUUCCUUGCCCAAUUGGUCCUCGCCCUAGCGUUUGCUGUAGGCACAGGUGCCUACAUCUACUCUAAGCCCUGUGUUAGCAUCAACGUAACCACGCAAGCCCCGCCACCAGAAGACCCCAACGCCCCUCCAGCCCCGUUCAUCGCAGGCCAACAGCAAGGCCCCCGCAAAACAGUCACAAUCUUGGGCUUUGGAAAUGUCUACGGAACCCGCUUCUUCUUCCUAGUCAUCAACCUAGCUUUGGCAAUCAUUCUCAUGCAAAAGCCAAUGGGUCAAGGUGCUAUCGCCCUCCUCCUGUGGCAAAUUCUCUCCCUUCUCGAAAUCCUCGACACAAACAACCUGACCAUGUCCAACUCCUCCAUUGGCCCCGUCGUCCUCGGUCUCUUGGGCUCCUUCUACUUCUUCAAAACCGGCCACCAGGCCACCCUCUCCAGCAUCCAAUGGGAAACAGCCUUCAUCCCUCUCUCCACAAUCAAGUACCCCUGGUCCCCGCUCCUGGUCAUCCUCAACACCUUCGGCGCCCAGAUCCUAGCCGCCAUCGCCGUCCCUCUGACCGUCCUCUGGAAACGCCCCCUUCAAACCCACGACCGCGUCCCAGCCUCAAACCCGAACAAAAACCCGACUACUCGCCUUCUCUCAGACGUCGUCCAGGCUGCUAGUACCCACAUGCUCUACCUGGCGACUAUCAAUCUCGCCACGACCAUGUGGGCCGGCCAUCUGCGUCGCCAUCUGAUGCUCUACCGCAUCUUCAGCCCGAGGUUCAUGAUGGGUGCUGUGGUCCUUGCUGUUGUGGACGUUGUCUUGAUGCUUGUUGCUGUUGGCGGUGUUCGAUGGACCACCUUGAGCGUGAGCGAAGUCUUUGGUUGGUGA